CGUUGUCAAUUUCGCCAUAGACUGUCAAAAAUGAAAGAAAAAAAUAAAAUUGUGGAUUGAAUUAAAAUUGCGGACUGAGCUAAAUGUAAAGGCAUUCACAUGGAUGAGGUCGAUAUUGAUAACUCGGAAGACCUGAAUGAAUUGGAGUCCCGUUUGUAUGCACAAGUACAUCAUGAGCACCAUGAGGUAUCUGAAGUCAAUGCGGGUUUGGAAAGCACAACAUCCCUAUCUCAUGUCCAAACUGGAGUGCGAGCCGAAGUUGAGAGCCAAAAUGAUGUCAAGGGAACAAAAAAGGUGUUACCAAAACGCUAUUGGACCCAAGACGAAAGUUUUAGUGUCAAACAGUCCCAUCACAUUAGUUUGGGGCAGCACCGAGUAUUGAACCAAAAAAAACAUACAUACUCCUCCUUAAACAAAGGAGGAAAACAGAUUACCGACCUGCAACACAACAUUAGGAGUUCUGACAAUACUGAACGGGACAAAGGUAACUUUCCGAAUAUGGAAAUUUCCAAUGAAAGCACAACUUCUGGAGAUGCAUUGCCUGGUAUGCAACAAAGUAGUGAACAUAGACGAAAUGAUCCCUCAAACGCCGUUCAGAGUCCAUUGCCUAAGAUGGCUAGACACAAAUCAAAUAUAAAGCGUAAUCCAGUUGCUGAAUGGAUGAAACGAAAUAACAAACUUUUGGACUCCAAGACAAGUAUCAAACAGAUGGAUGAGCUCUGCAUAAAACCCAAGGAAGGUCCAUUCUUUAAACAGCAACAAAAAUUGAUUAAAGCUAAACGUUUGGAAAACAAAAAGCAUAAAUCGAAAAAGGCAAAGACGGGAACAAAAAAACAAAAUACAAUAGCAUCUGAUAUAAUUGACCUUGUCUCUUCUGAUGACACAGACAGUAGCGAUGUUGUCGUAAUUCCUGUGCCACCUCCUCCGACAUUUACAGUGGACGAUAGUGAUGACGAGGGCUGUGACAAAGAUGGAAAGAAGAAAAAAACUGACUCACCAGUAUUGCAACCAGAGGAGAACGCUUUGGAUUCGGCAGAUGUGGAAAUGACAACGUCUUCAAGUUUCAUAAAGCCCCUACAAACAACACAACAAGGUCUUACGGCAUGCGAAGUCGGUGAAAAGCGUCUUGACAACUCAUCUCGUUGCACUUCGCCUUGCUCGAUUCAAUCUUCAGAUGAUUUUAUUGGUCAAAAUGAUAAAAGUCGUUUGCUUGAAACGAGUGGUAUGGCUGAUGAUGAAGAUCUCCUCUUGCUCACUUCAGAUAUGCAUAGUUUGUUAGAAAAGCCACAACAUUCUGGCGGCAAGAACAUGGGGGCAGAAGGAUGCGAACAAAAGAAACUUGAUAACAUUGUGAAUUAUUUAGUUAAAAGCGGUUCUUCAAAAAUUGCAACUCCGAGUUCCUCAGGAGCAGCAGCCAAAAAGGACUAUCGCGUUGAACAGUCUCAAUUUAGAGCACUAGAUGUUUACGAGAGCGAAUCGGACAUUACAGAUAGUGUUUAUUCUAAGGGAGCAUCGAAAUUAACUGUCAUAAGACAAAUUGACACAACUUCCGAUGAAUUGGAGGAUAUAACAUCUGUUCCAAUACGCACCAAACGGUUGCGAAAGCGUCGCGCCUCCAGCAGCAAUAAAGGAUCGGACGUAAACUAUGAAAACACACAAUUCAGUAGUGAUAGCAAGAGCGACUCUAGUUCGGGUGCUGAACGAACCGAAAUACCAUUCAUAUCACGUGGUCCAGCAGUUGAGCGAAAAAUACGUAAAGUCAGCCGAACAUUAUCGAUUAGUUCACCUGCAUCAAAUAAAUCGCCCAAGUCUGGUGCAACAAAAGGUCACAUGUCAGAUGGUGAUUUUAUAGCAAAACUCAAUACUUUGGUGCAGGGACAGGAUGAUGAAAAAAGUGCGGCAGAUAGUGAUGAUGACGAAAAUGCUCCGUCGGCACGAGAAAUCGCAGAGAAAAUCCUUGGUGAAAACGAUAUGACUGUACCAGAGAUUUCAGUUGAAGCUGCUGCAGUACCAAAAGAAGUUUGUAACGAUUUAAAUGAUGUGCUUAGUACCAUAGAUAAAAUGGAGGACAGUGAGCAGGAACAAUUUGCAAAGCGUAACGAUGAAACUAGAGCUUAUAAGUGUCGAGAAAGCCGAAACAAAAACAUCAUUUACAAAUCUGUGCCGAAUGAAAACAACGCUCAAGUUGUCACUUAUGUCGCCGAUAAAUCCCAAUUGCCUUCCCCCAAUAAGCCCGCACGGCAAAGAGCAAAGAAUGGCUCGCCCAUUUAUAACAUUGUUUUUGCCAGAGGGCCAUUUUCAAAUGGAGGUAUAGGAUGGAGCAGUGAAAUGCGGAAAUUUUACGAAGCCUCAUGGAAAGGUGACGAUUUUGAAUUGGCGGAAGUUUUGCAAAACAUGAAUCCUGAUAAAAAUCUUUGGCGGAUAUGUACGGAAGACCGAUUUACAAAAUCAGUUAAACGCUUUAAUAAUCUAAAGUGUACCAAUUGCUGUGAAUUUGGUCACGCUAGGUCGCAUUGCAAACGACCUAGGAAGCCUCUCAUUUGCUAUAUGUGCGGCCAGAGUGGGCAUCAGGAGCCUCGUUGUCCAAAUACAAUCUGCCUGAGGUGCGGCAAUAAAACCCAAGUUUUUCUAAAGGGCUGUAAUGCCUGCUCAUUCCAAAAUCGACUUAUAUGUCCCAUAUGCAAAAUUAGAGGCCAUUCGAUAGACUUCUGCCCCGACAAAUGGAGACGAUACUAUGCAACGACUGAACCAAAUGCAUAUCCCAGAAAUAGCAUUGUUUAUAAUACAAAAAAAUAUUGUAGCAUUUGUGGUCAUCGUGGCCAUUUGUCUGAUGUUUGUCGAAAUGCUAUGCAUCUGGAAUAUCCCCCGAUAGCAACUACAAUUAAAUCUCACCAAAAAUCAUACAAUGACAUUGUAACAAAGACUAUUUUUGGUGGCAUUGGGUUCAAUUUAAUGUAUGAACCAACUGUGGAAUAUUGCUUUGAUAUGGCAGGACUCACAUCACCUGAGAAGUAUUACGGACGUUUCUUAGAAGCUAUAGGCAUGGGUUACCUAUUGAAACGGAAACGUCCCUUGGGGAUAGACGCCUCGGGAGUUUCAGCGAAGAAACCCAAGCAGUCGCAUAAGAGUACGAAAUUUGUAAACAACAUAUGCGAAGCCCCUAACCAGGUUCAGGAAAUAAGUGCGAGUGGCAGUGUCUACCAAGAAUGCCCCAAAGUGACUACAAGUGCUGACGAUGAUGAUGGAACUUCUGUUGGCGAAGUUGAAAGCACCGUACAUGACGAAGAUGACAUUCAGUUGAAUGUUGUAACUCCGACUACAUCUGCCCGUGCAAAAUUUUCCAAUUUUAAACCUCCAAAUAACGUUACAUCUUCAAAUAAUCCACCGCAACUACUGGACUCCGAUUCGAAUUACAGUUUUUCUGAGCACUUCGAUCUGCCUUCAACAUCGGCGAACGUCCUUAAAGUAAUGGAACACUCUGUCGCAGCAGAGAACAUAGCUGAAAAAGAAUCCGAUAUUCGAUUGCCAGUUGCGCACAAGGAAAGAGGUAAUCAUUUUCCAUUUCAAAUGGAAGUAAUGCCCGAUUUUAUACCUCUGGCAGACUCUACUUUCGAAUGUGACAAUGAAAAACAUGGCCGACCGAAAAAGCCGCAAGGUAUUUCAAACAGAUUUGUCGUUGCCGAAUCAGAAGAUGAGGAAAACAGCAACAAAUGUGUUAGCAAAAAGGAAAAGGUAGAUGAAGCGGGUUGUCCAUGCGAAGCCAAAAUCUAUUUGAACAAUUUCCACAGUAAAUAUUUACUGUCUGUGGAGGGACGUAAUUUUUUGGCCAAAUGUUCUAGAGGAUGUGACUUGAAAGCUCGAUUGGAUUUCACUUCCGUUGGAUACGUAUUGGUUAUCUUUGGAUUACCCAAUGACCAGGACAAGUUUCAGCGUGAACUCCUAAUGAAAUACCGGGAAAUAGCAGAUCAAGAUGCGCAAAAACAUGUAACAACGCCAAAUAUACCAAAACGUAUCGAUGUUCUUAUUCGUUUUCUGCGAGACGAUAUAAAUCAGUUAUCGUCGAACUUGGGAAAUGCAAACCAUCUGUUCAAACGCUUGCAAUAUGUCGAACGGCAGCAGUCUAAAUCGGGCAGUAAACUUGCGGAUAAAAUCAGACGCUCUUUGAAUAUGAUACUUGUCGGCCAGGCUGGCCUAAAGGACGGCAACAUUCAUUUAGAUAAGCUUUUAACGAGUCUAAAAACUCUAAUCAACGACUACAGCUCGGAAGAGUCGACACCUUUGCCAUUGCGCACAGAGAUCUCAAUGCAUUGGAAAUACAUAUUUUCUUCAUACCGGUACGACAAUUACCAAGAGCUUGUAAAGACCUACAAUAAUCUUGUAUUGAAAAAUCGAAUAACAAAUCUUGUGAUAGAUCCCCUAAUACUGGGCAAUAAAAUUUUGGACACAAGCUUAACAGACGAGCAGAGAGAAAAACUAGAACAAUCAAAUCCACGCACUGAUAUGUCAAGUACUAGUGGUGGGGAAUAUUCCAUGCAGCGACAAACGGAAUCUACUCCCAUUACACCGAAAAAUUCAAAACAUCUGAAGCGAAAGCUUAACCAAACGCCUGGGAGCUCUCCAACUUUCCAAUCGCCAGCCAAAACUCCCGUCUCCCAGAACAUACGCUCGGACGUUAUGUGCACGCCUGUUAAGGCAAAGUCCACUGCUACAAAUGCUACUCCUGCAAGCGUUUCUAAGAGACAACAAAACAAAAUAAUGCCUCCGCCACCAUUGGCAAAUCCGGCUUUGGACAUAUCAAAACAACAACAAGUUUCUGAAAAAUGCAAAAAUACAUGCGCUUCAUUACUAAAAGAGAUAAGUGCAAAGACCUCGUCACGAAAAGGCAGCCACACUCUCGAUUCAAAGUUGCCUUCAACAUUUUGGUCACGCGAAUCCAUGCGCUAUUUGGAUGACUGCAUUCCUAUCGUCUCCUCUCGACCAGAGCUAAUGGAAAAAGUAAGACGUGUAUACCAAAAAUCAAAAAGUGGACAACUCUCAUAUAACGACUACCUCGCUGUAAUAAAACUCCAUACAGCACUGACAGGAAAAUAACAAUAAAAUUUAUCGUUUAUCAUUUUAUUAUUAAAUACAUACAUACAUAAAUAACAUUUGUAUGAAGAUACGCUUUUAGUUCA